GUCGUAGACUCUUCCAAGAUGCGAGGAGCUGUGGUUGUGUGCGCCGUGCUGUGUUUGCUGGAGAGGACAUUUACAGCCCACGGGAUGAGCUUACCUGAGGCCGAUUCCGCCUUGCUGGACGUUAACCGAAGAAGUGACUUCCGUGAGCAAAUUGAGCGCCGUCGGGAAAGCCGCUACACAGCAGCCGAACUGAUGGAAUUUCUUCGGCUCCUGGCGCAGUCCAGGAACCUCCGGCAAGUUCGCGUUACUAACAAGAGUCUGCGCUUCGGCAUCAGCAAAUAACCACCGACGUCACUAUUUAUUUAUUAUUUAUUUAUUUAUAUUUCGCACUUUAUAUUUAUAUUUAUAUAUGCAUAUUUAUAUUUAAAAGUAAACGAAAAAUAGAGCGAAAAGAGGACACACGUAGAAAACCGUGUUUGGAUUUUGUCUCGAGACCACUACCAUCAGAUUGUUUAUCAUCAUCAACAAAAAGCAUUAUGAGCGAUGUUCUUCGGUGAUUUGUUCCACGGCUCAAAAUGAUGUUUUUACAAACCAACCACUAGAUGUCGAAUAAACCUUGUUUCUACAGC